AUGGAUCCAGUCAGUUUAGCAGGAUUGGCCUUGGCGGUCGUUGGCACAUUGGAUUUGUGCUUGAAGUACGGCAAGGAAGUAGUCACGAUAUGCCAGAAGCAAAGCCACAUUGACAAAGAAAUCGAUGAUAUGAUCCUUACAAUCCAGGGACUGUGGAUAAAGACAGAACUACAGCUACACUCGCUUAAAGCUCUCUGGGAUACUCUUCCUGCCCCUCUCCAGGAUCACUAUGCAGCUGCCUUGGCAAGGUUACAGAACAAAAGCCUGACAGCGUGGAAAAGCCUGGAAAGCGUGACAAGCUGGAAUGGCGAAAUUCCUCAUGUCGAAAGAAAAGCGGAAUCUCGUAUGUCAAUACACAAGGUCAAGGUGAUAUACCUCCGAAAGCACAUCAAGCAUGCUGUAAAGGAUCUCGAGGAUUGGCAAGGACGAUUCGAUCCGUCGUGGUAUUUGAUCACGCGCAUUGCCAAACCGGAUGUGGAUAGACAGUUGAAGGUGAAUGAUGAUGCGCCUGAGAACCCGUCGAUUAGGAGAUUGGCACGGAUGCGAGAGGCGAUCAAGGAGCUUUCUGCUGAUGAUCAGAGUGGAAAGUCUAUAUUCGUGGAUAGGAAGCUUAUCAACAAGGAGAUAUCGCAGAUACCGCGGUCGAAUACGUUCAUUUCGGCAUAUUCAGAAACUGGACGGAAGAUUCUACUGGAUCAAACACAGUAUCCCUUUGAUACGUCCAUGCAGAGAGUGAGGCCAUACGUCCGGGAUCUGGCAAGACUCUUACUCAAUGUUGAUCCGAUGACAUUCGGCCUGUUGAAAUGUGAAGGCGUGAUCGAGGUACACGAUGAAAAAGACGCAAUCAUACAAUUCGAAUUCAUCUUCGAGAUACCCUCGCAGCUAUCCUCACCCACGACUCUCCGUCAUCUGUUGAUGCAGGAAUUCCGAUGUCCCCUGAACCAACGUAUUCAACUCGCCAAACAACUGGCUCGGUCUGUCAUGUUUGUCCAUACAGCCGGCUUCGUGCAUAAAAAUAUCAGACCAGAAACUAUUAUCAUUUUUCCAGAUGGCGCUAACAUCAUCGGCCCAUCAUUCCUUACUGGCUUUGAGAGAAUCCGCCCAGCAGAUGCACCGACAGAUCACUACGGAGAUCUGAACUGGGAUAGAAAUAUCUACCGUCAUCCAGCACGGCAGGGUCUGUGGCCUGAAGAACUAUUCAAAAUGCAACAUGAUAUUUAUAGUCUCGGUGUUUGUCUACUUGAGAUCGCUCUAUGGACGUCUUUCGUGCGACAGGAUGGAAAUGGUAUAACUCCCUGGUCUGAACUGGACUUGACAGAUGCACUCGCAGACAAAGAUCACCGUCGAGGUGCGUCUGUCAUCAAACGGCAUCUCGUGGCAUUGGCCAAGGAUAAACUACCCUGCUUCAUUGGAGAUAAAUAUACCGAUCUGACAGUAUCAUGCUUGAUGUGUCUUGACAAGGGCGAUCAGAAUACAUUUGGAUCGGAGGCAGAACUGAGAGAUAAAGAUGGGAUUAUCGUUGGUGUGCGAUAUAUAGAAAAGGUGAGUUUCAACCUACCAUGUGGAAUCCUCUAA